AUGGGAGGGGUUUGGCAGAAAAUUGUCUCGGAUAUUAACAAGCCCCUUUCGGGUAAUUUCAGGCUUCGCAAUUUUUUUCGGGGUUCGGUUGGUAGAGGCAAUGAAGUCUUAUUUUGGUUGGACCCGUGGAUAAAAGAUAUCCCUCUCUGUGAGGUUUAUCCUAAUUUGUUUGCUUUAGAAACGGUGAAAGAUUGUUCGGUUCGUGACCGCUUGAUGGGAGUUUGGUUGUGGAAGCAUGACCUGGAUCGUGUCGAAGAAAUCAUGGAAUGGAGUGUGCUUUCUGCGGAUCUUGCCUUGGUCUCUUUGAAUAAUGAAUGCGACUCCUGGAAGUGGUUGGGGGAUAGUUCAGGCCUUUUUUCGGUGAGCUCUGUCAGGCAAUUGUUGGAAAAAAGUGUGGCGAGUGACAGCGACUUCGUUAUGGAUUGGUGUAGCUGGAUCCCGAUUAAAUGCAAUGUAUUAGCCUGGAGAGCGGAUUUGGACAGAAUACCCACUGCUGACGCUCUUCGGAGACGGAGAAUUGUUAUCGGUGACGGUCUUUAUCCCUUGUGCAGAUCCGAGGAGGAAUCCGUUGAUCAUCUAUUUACUUCAUGCAUUGUGACUUCGGUGAUUUGGCAGAAAGUCAGUCGAUGGUGCCGGACCGCUCCUGUGUUUGUUUUCUCUUUCCGUGACCUGCUGAAUCUGCACAAGUAUGGUAGUUUUAGAGCUGGGGAAAAGGGUGCUUUCAAAGGUAUAAUUCGAGUCGCUGUUUGGUGCCUGUGGUUGGCGCGGAAUAAUGCUUUGUUUUCGGCUUCUAAGGUUAAAGUGGAGUCCAUUUUUUGUGAUAUAUUAUCUUUGGGAUAUUUGUGGUUUAAGAAUAGAAUUAGAAACAAUCCGAUUUCAUGGUUGGAUUGGCGUAAAUUUGCAAUUAUGUAA